UGUGGGGAUGAAAGGGCAAGGUGUCAAGCUGGUAAACUGAGUGAGAGCGGGAUAGUGUGAAAGAGAAGGGAAAAUGGGAGUAAUGGCGGAAGACGAUAAGAGAGAAGACGCAUGAACAACUAAAGAAACUGUUUUAUAAUUGAUUUUACAAAAAUAAAAGAAGCUAAAACACUAUUAAGACGUUUGAUUUCCCACAAUUCACGCCCACAAAAGUGGAAAACUGGGAAAUCAGAAGAGUCAAAACGUUUCGAACGACGAAAAAACGGAAAAAUUUUCAAAAUUGAAGAUGGCUAACGACGAUCCGAAGGCAUGGAUGUCCGUUGGUUUUGGGUACGCAGACGAUUUAAUACCAAAAUUUAACGGCCAGGACAAGAGCUAUUCGGUAACAAAAUUCGUUCAAGAAAUUGAAGAUAACGGCGAAAUUUUUCAAUGGACGCCGCUUCAGCAAUUAAUCAUAGCGAGGAGGUCACUCACGGGUACGGCGGCGUUGUGGCUCCGGUCGGAACGACCAUUCAGGACUUGGGAGGAGUUGAGACAGGCUAUUAUUAAAGAAUUUCCGGAUACAUUAGAUCAAAAAACCGCUCAUGAACUUAUGAGUGCUAGAAAGAAGAAGCCGGAAGAGUCAUGCAUUGACUACAUGCUCGUCAUGAAGGAGCUUGGAAAACGUGGCAAAAUGCCCGAUUACGUUGCCAUUAAAUACAUUGUCGACGGAAUUACAGGCGAAGAAACUCACAAAAUUAUGUUAUACGGUGUGACGACUUACUCGGAUCUCAAAGAAAAACUUCGUAUUUACGAAACUCUGAAGGAAAAGAUAAAUAAAAAGCGAGAAGUACGUAGCCAGCUACCUACUGCUGAUGUGUCGACAAAAGUUCGAGUGAUGAGAUGUUACAGCUGCGGGGAAAGAAGCCAUCAUUCGAAGGAAUGUCCUCAUAAACAUCUUGGGCUGAAGUGUUUUAAAUGUAAUGGUUUCGGCCAUAUUGCACCGCAAUGCAAAGUCACGGAAACAGCCGAAGGGGUUCCGAGUACAUCACGAAGCGGACCGAAUGUUGCCGACCAAUCAGGUGCAAGUUUCGUCCGACGUCAGCAGUCUUCAUUCCGACAAGUUGGUACAAGUGGUGCAAGAUCGCAAGAUGGUGGUGUAAAUGGACCAAAGCGCACGAUGUUCAAUUCGGAUGUCACAUAUUCGCCGGUUGAUAGUGGCAGCAUUGAUGUUCCGCAUAAUUGUCACGAUGUUCAUACUGUUUCGAGUGUCAUAGAUGACGGACUUGACGUUUCGACAAACUGUCAGGAAGUAAACAAGAACAAAAGUCUCAAGUUACAAAAACCGCGGAAAAUAAUAAGUAUACUGAAUAAGUCAACAAGCGCUUUGAUAGACACUGGUAGCGAGGUGAACUUAAUUUCUCAAGAGUUUUAUGUGUCAAUCGGAUCACCAAAAUGUGAAGACGAUCCAUUAUCUUUGUUCGGACUCGGUCAGGCGAAGGUGCAGUCCAUGCCGCAGAAAGUCAAAGAUUCGCCAGUUCAGUUGCGUAUUGUCUUAAAGGAUGAUGUUCCAGUAGCUCAGCGACCACGCCGGUUGGCUAUUACAGAACAGAAAGAAGUUGAACGGCAGGUAGAACAGUGGCUGAAAGACGGAAUUGUUCAAGUAAGUUGGUCAGAAUAUGCAAGUCCUUUGGUGCUAGUUAAGAAAAAAGACGGUACAGUUCGAAUUUGUGUAGAUUAUAGACUAAUUAACAAAAAAAUUGUAAAGGACGAAUAUCCUCUGCCUAUUAUUGAAGACCACAUUGACCGACUGGCAUCGGCUAAAGUUUUCUGUACCAUUGAUUUAAAAAAUGCGUAUUUUCAUGUGCCAGUGCAUGAGGAUUCAGUAAAAUAUACAGCAUUUGUUACCCCGAAUGGGCAAUAUGAAUUUUUGAAGGCCCCAUUUGGUUUGUCUAUAUGUCCUAAAGUGUUUACACGAUUCAUAACGGCUAUCUACCGAGAGCUUAUAGCCAGAGAUAUUGUGAUUGUGUUCAUUGACGAUUUGCUCAUUCCGGCCCAGGACGAGAAAGAGGCUGUGGACAGGUUAAAAGAAGUUUUAGAUGUCGCCGCGCAGUAUGGUUUGGAGAUCAACUGGAAGAAGACACAACUAGUGGUGAGAAAAGUCGAAUAUUUAGGCCAUAUCAUAGACAUUAUAUAAUAGACAUUCCUAGCAAAUAAUACCCUUAAUAUCACUCUAAUAACAUAAGGAAUGUACUCCCGAAAUUUGGGUAACAUUGUUUCAAUAUUACGUUCGAAUGAUCCAAAAUGUUUUGUAAGAACACGUUUGUCGUGCUGUUUGUAAGCCGACUUAAACCUUGUAGAUCAUAAUUUCAUGUAUGUUUCAUGUUUUCUUUUGUUUCUGUAUCGAAAGGUUGGAGAAAGAUUUCAUGUUCUUAAAAAAUAAAGGUAU